UCCCCAGUUACUCUAUUAGCUAUCAAAAAUGGAGCAAAGCUCGUUAUUCACGCUUGGACAACGCGUCCACUCAUCCGCCGAUCCACGCCGAGUGGGUACUGUCAAAUUCGUCGGCAACGUAGAAGGCUACUCUGGAACUUGGGUCGGGGUGGAAUGGGACAAUGAAGGAGAUGGCAAACAUGAUGGCUCCAUCAAUGGAGUCCGAUACUUCCAAGCUCGAUCCCAAAACUCAGCUUCAUUCGUGAGACCCCAUAACCUUAGCCCUGGCAUUUCACUCCUUCAAGCUCUUAAGCUCAGAUAUCAAUCCCAAUCCACCAAACAAGAAGAGGAUGAAAUGUAUGUGCUUUCAGCUAGCAACCAGCGCGUGUCAGUUGAACUUUUGGGUAAAGACAAGAUCCAAGAUAAGCUAAGUCGAUUUAAAGAGCUGAAUAGUGCUUCAAUAUCCUAUUUGGGUGUCAGCACUCCUGGAGAGCCGGCUGAAAUACGUGCUUCUGUGCCAAAUUUAAGGGAGCUGGACUUGACGGGAAAUUUGAUUUCUGAUUGGAAGGAUGUUGGCACCAUAUGUGAACAGUUACAGCAUCUUGUAGCACUCAAUUUGUCUAAUAAUUUAAUGACACAGAACAUGAUUGGGUUCCUACUAGAAGGCAUCCGUGUUUUAGUUUUGAACAGUACAGGCAUAAACUGGUCACAGGUUGAAAUCCUUGAACAUUCAUUACCAGUGAUUGAGGAAUUACACCUGAUGGGGAAUAAGAUAAGUUCCAUAGAGCCAACAUCAUCCUCCACCGUUCAGGGAUUUGCUUCUUUGCGGCUUUUGAAUUUGGAAGAUAAUUGCUUAACUGAAUGGAAUGAAAUCUUGAAACUUUCUCAACUGAAAAGUUUGGAGCAGCUUUAUUUGAACAAGAACAAGUUGAACAGCAUCUUUUACCCAGAUAAGAAUAAGAUACAAGAAUUGUUUGGUAAUCAGGAGUCAUGUGAGGAAAACUAUUUGUUGUUUCAAAAUCUGCGGUGCCUUCUUCUUGGAAGUAAUGAAAUUAGCGAUCUGGCUUCAAUUGACUCACUGAACUCAUUCCCAAAACUGAUUGACAUCAGGCUUUCUGAUAAUCCGAUAGCUGAUCCUGGAAGAGGUGGUCUCCCAAGAUUUGCUUUAAUUGCACGAUUAGCAAAAGUUGAAAUGCUAAAUGGGAGUGAGAUAAGUGCUCGAGAAAGGAAGGAAUCAGAAAUCCGAUAUGUGCGCUUAGUAAUGUCAAAAUUGCUUGAUAAUCCAGAAGAGAUCAACCGGCUUCAUCCCCGGUUAGUUGAGUUGAAGAAUUUUUAUGGGAUUGAGGAUGAAAGGCCAUCAGUGGGAGUAGCCGGUCCUCAGAAGAUGGCGUCGGGACUCUUAUCAAUCACCCUGAAAUGUGUGGCUCCAUCUGUUGGUGAGAAGCUUCCAUUGACAAAGAAAUUGCCAGCUACUACAACAGUUGGAAAACUGAAGGCCCUUUGUGAAAACUUUUUUAAACUAAAGUCCUUGAAGCUGAAAUUGUUUCUUCAAGAAGAGGGUUCUCCUUUACCGAUGUUGCUUGAUGAUGAAAUGUCGUCUUUAAUGGACAUAGGGAUUGGCAACGAGUCCACUAUUAUUGUGGAUGAAGAGAGUUGACAAACAAUUUGAUAGAGCUAAAUGAGUUAUUUUUUUCACGCUUCAGAAUAUUUAAGGAUGGAAUAUGCAAGGAUGAUACACGAUGAGGCUGAGAUGGUGUGUUUGAUUUUCCGGAAGGAAGAAUUAUACAUACCUUAUAAGACACUGUAUUAUCUCUAUCUUUUGCGAAAUGACUAUCAAAAGAGUGCACCAUAGCGGACCUUAUAAGACACUGUAUUAUCUCUAUCUUGUGUGAAAUGGCUAUCAAAAGAGUGCACCGCAGUGGACCUUAAUUUGUUUUUGAAAUGGGUAGGGAAUAGAAUUUGGGCUACUUG